AUGCAUUUGGGCAGUGCAUACCACUAUUAUCGAGAAGAGGACAUGAGUCCCGGGGGGAUGUCCGAGCGGCACCCAACUGAGAGUGGUGCUGAGUUUUACGUCGACUCAAAAAAAUCAAAUAAAGUUUUUUCUGCGGAAAAUAUCGAAUUCGAUGUGGAAGUUUUAGAGACGCAUAAUGUAGAGAAGGCUAUUAACGUAGAGAAGGCUAUUAGCGUAGAGAAGGCUAUUAACGUAGAGAAGGCCAUUAACGUAGAGAAGGCUAUUAUCGCAGAGAAGGCUAUUAAUGUAGAGAAGGCUAUUAACGUAGAGAAGGCUAUUAGCGUAGAGAAGGCUAUUAACGUAGAGAAGGCCAUUAACGUAGAGAAGGCUAUUAUCGCAGAGAAGGCUAUUAAUGUAGAGAAGGCUAUUAACGUAGAGAAAGCUAUUAACGUAGAGAAAGCUAUUAACGUAGAGAAAGCUAUUGACGUAGAGAAGACAAUAAACGUAGAGAAGGCUAAUCACGUAGAAUAG